AUAUUCCCGGUAGAUACCGGCAGGAUGUGUGAGAGCAGAGCGGUUCCGAGCGGGAAGGUGUACCGACAGCUGUUUGACGCUCAGGUCCAGCUGUCCAGGUCUCUGCUGGCUGGACGGAGAGACACAGACUGUCUGUCUGCUGAGGACAGCAACACAACCAGCAGGAUGUUGUGUCCUCUCUCCAGCAGGGGGCAGCAGGUGGAUGAUGAAGAUGAUGAAGACGUUGAAGAUGUCAGCAGACUACCUGACUCUGUGGUGGUCAAUUUCCCGAGCUCUGACAUCAUCGAACGACUGACGGAGAAAAAAAGUCAAAAACACAAAGAAGCUCUGAAACAGCUGGAGACCGAGCUCACACACCUCACACAGGUGUGUGAGACUCAGGUGAGGUACGUCAGUGUGGAGCUGCUGUCCUCUCUGCAGGAUGUAUACCUCAGAUUGAAAUCCCUGAAGGACAGAAUGGAACACCUGGAACAUGACAGUGUGCAGGAGGUGUGUGUUCUCUGGGAGCAGGUGGAGAGGCAGGUGAAGCUGAAGGAGAUCAGGAUCCAGGAGCUGAACCACAAACUGACUGAAUCUGAGACUCAACGAACCGCAGAGAUCAGAGCUGUGCUCAGGAAGUACCUCCACCUGCUGCAGAAGAUCAGCUACCUGCCUCCACCUGAUGUCUGCCGGCUGAUCCACACCGAGGCCACGAUGUUGAACCAGUCUCUCCUCUCAAACCGACGCAGCGUCGCACGUCUGCUGCUGCGCCUCCAAGAGGAGAACCUGCAGCAGGAGAACCUCCUCCGUCUGCACUGGGAGGAAAGCCUGGACCGCUGGAGGAGGAGCAGAGUCACCCAGGUUAUAGACCGCUUCAGGGCUCUCUGCAGCAGUGAGGGGGAGCCGCUGCUACAGAAGCUGAAACCAGAUCUGACAAAACAUCGUGAAGACAUGGUCUACAGGAUCUGCUUUCUGGUCCCACCCUCCUGCUCCACUGUCCUGGUCUCUGAUUGGUUCAACCAGCUGUCAGCCAUCAAUCAACAGAUCGACGCUCUUCACACUGACUUCCUGCAUCAGCUGCGUUGUUGUUAUGAACAGCAGUGGCAGGAUGGACUGGCAGAGGUGGAGCGCUGUGAGGAGGCGCUGUCAGCUCUGCAGCUGUCAGAGCAGGAAGUGAGUGACAUCAUCAACUCUCAGCUCCUCACUCUGAUUGGACAAAGCCAAAGUCAGGUUGAAGAGCGAUUGGCUGCUUUAGAGCGCUGCAGUGACUCUGCUACCUGCCGUGCACUUGCUCUCACCAGGUGUGUGUUUGUUGUGAUGCGAGGGGCAGCGUUGCUAUGGGAGACGCACAGCCGCAGGUUAGAGACCAGAGAAGAAGAAAUAAAACAACACCUGGAGGACCUGCGACGCUCACAGCAGAGAAACACACAGAGGAGGAAGGUGCAUCUUGACGACCUGCUGGGGGCGCUGCGUCAGGGGAGCAGCGAGGACAAUCUGAGGACAAACCUGGAGAGAUGUGUCCUAUACCUGCAGGACAUCAAACACAGCUGCACACAGUGUGUCUCUGAUCAGGGGGAGGUGUUGGAGCGUCUCCCCCCCCUGCUCCUGGAAGAGCUCCUCUCCUACAGCAGCAGCAUCAGCUCCUUCUUCCACCUGGGACACACCUACACACCGAGUCCAGAAGAGCUGCAGACCCUCCUCCCAUCCUCCAGCGCCCCCCCUACCCCGGAAGCCAAUGAUGGCGCUGAAACCACGAAACCAGAGAAUCAUCCAAUCAGCGAUCAGAACGACACAGACCCCGCCCAGCCCUCCCAGGAUUGGCUGACUGAGGCUGACUCCUCUCUGAUAGAUUUCUGUGACAUCAGCAGUUUUGUUACGUUUACAUCAGCGAGGGGCGUGGCCUACAGUGGCCCCGCCUUCAGAUGCCCCGCCCCUGACCUGCAGCAGGAAACUCAGCUGAGCCUGUUUCCUGCAGAGCUGCUCACACAUGCACUGAGCAGGACACGGACGCUGUUCUUGGAUCACCUGGAGCAGCGUUUCCAUGACGUCCUGAGCUCUGCGGUUGCCAUGAUGACAGAAAGGAAGGAGGCGGUCCUUACGGAGCAGGAAGUCCUGAUGCAGCAGCUGCACCCCCGACACAUCAAGACCCACAUCUACCUGCCCCGCCUGGCUGAGCUGCAGCUCCACAGACAGCAGGUGGAUGCUCACUGUGAGGAGGUGGAGGAGGUGCUGUCCUCCUGCAGGGUGGAGCUGCAGGAGCUUCAGUCCUCCGUCAGGAGGAGGAACCAGCAGCUCUCCGUCCGCCUGUCCAACAUGGAGGAGCACGUCCUGUCAGCGGACAGCAGCUCCAACGGCAACACUCUGCUGCAGGCUGUAAGCUCCACCCUGCAGGACUGUCUGGAUGAACAUAUCAAACACACCCAGCGCUGUCAGACCUCCUGCAGACAGACGGUCCAGUCCCGCCUGCAGGAGGUCCGGAGCAGAGCAGCACACCUCCUCACCGGCUUCAGGUUGUUCAGUGAAGGAGGGGACUUCGCUCCUCAGGAGGUGAAGGUGUUCCAGAGGAGGCUGAAGGAGGAGACCAAGCAGAUCAAUGCCACAGAGGAAUCCAUCUCCUCCGAGCUGGAGGCGUUCGAGUCCCACAGUUUACAGCAGCUGAAGGAGGCGUCCGGGAGUUUAGAGGAGAAACUCUCCCUCCUGAAGUCUGAGAUGGGGUUCAUGGAGAAGAUCCAGAAAAUCAUCGGCAGCACACAAGUUCACAUCAAGGCUGAGGCAGCCAGCAGUAACCAGCAGCAGUCGGCCAUCAGCAGCAGGUUGGAGGAUCUGAGGAGGCUGUUGGAGAACAAACAGGAACACACUCAGGUGUCUCCAGAUCAGGUGUUGUCCCUCCUGUCAUCAGUGAAUGAAGAAGUCAGGAAGCGCUGUCAGUACCUCGACAUUUCAUUGGAAGGCCUCUCGGCUCGUCCCAAAUCCAGAAAGCCAGUCCACUCAGCCCGCCCUCUUGGUGAACUGCAGACCAGCAGGUCAGGUGUGGACCUCCUCUGGGACCCUGUUGUGGACGUCAUCAGGUCCCUGAACAGGUUCUGUGAGGACCAGGACUGUGGAGGAGCAGAGGAAGCGGAGGGAGGAAGACCAGCUGCUGCAGGGCAGAGUCCACUGCAACGGAAAUGUACUGAGUCUGUCAUGGCACCAAGUGUGAGGAGGGGCUGCAGGUCCAACAUGACUGAAAGAACGUUCCAGGUUUACAGACCAGAACCAGAACUGAACCCACACUCCUUCCCCUCUGCACUGAACUGUGUGUUGUGGAGAGCCAACAACGUCCUCCUGCAGGUUGCAGAGGGCUUCUAUCAGAGCGAGCGUCUCAGCAGGUUCCUCCUGGUACCUGACAGUUUCGACCAAUGGGCAGAGAGCAUGCAGCAGAGGCUGCUGGGAUACCAUGAACAGAGCAGGACGCUUCUGAGAACGAGCAGAGAGGAGGUGGUGUCCCAGCUGUCUGUGUUGGAGGAGCUUCUGCCUUCGUUUGCAGCAGUUUUAAUAAGUAACCAUGAGCAACGUCAGGGGGCGGGGCUUAGAGAGGAGAUGGGCGGAGUCAGACUCAAGCUGAAGGACACGCUGGCAGCCAGUGAGGAGGAGAAGCGUGUGAACGUCCGUCAGCUGCGAGCGUCUCUCAGAGACGAGGAUCUCCAGUCUCUGAGCAUCAGAGAGAAGCUCAGACAGCAGCGGCUGCACAGUAACAUCUGCACCAAACACCUGGAACUACAGGUGUGUUUGAGAGUCCGAGGGGAGGAGUUUGUGACAUCACUGGCCUCUCUGACAGAGCAACUGCUCUCACAACUGGACAACCAGCCCAUACCUGAAGUAACCGAGGCUGCGGCGCCACACAUGCGCUCUGAUGUUGGCACCGUUACCAUGGAGACAUCCAGCAGGGUCUGGCCUGGGAUCCCCUACCUGCCCGCCCCCACCAGCUGCACACCUGAGUCCCCGUCCACUGUUACCACGGCAACAACAGCCGCCAUCACCACCUCCAGGUGCACCCUGGGACAUCUGGCUGUCAUCGAACAGAGGGACGCUGCUGUGAAGAGGUUCGAGCAGCUGUUCAGGUCGGAGGUGUCCCUUUUAGACAACGACCAACGAAGAAGACUGAGUGAACUACAGAUCUGGAUCACACACUGGAGACAGCAGAUACACACACUAACACACACACUCUAACACACACUGGAGACAGCAGAUACACACACUAACACACACACUCUAACACACACUGGAGACAGCAGAUACACACACUAACACACACACUCUAACACACACUGGAGACAGCAGAUACACA